AUGGCCGCAUCUACGUCAAGUCCAGAGACCAACUACAGCGAGAAUGACAAUGACAGCAUCUUAUCUUCAUACCAAGACGAGAAGCAGGAUGUCCAAUUCAACCUGGAGGACAUGCCCCUCUGGCAGCCCAAGAAGCGAGCAUUGGCCUUGAAUUCACGAGAGCAUUUCCUCGUCGCGUCGAAACAGCACCGUCAAGUCCACCAGAACCUGGAGAUGCAAAGAAAACGCAGUGUAUCUGUGGUGACAGACGACUCGCACGCCACGCUUGCCGAAGAUACCUCGACGCCAGACGACAUGGAUCUCAAAACACCGACUGUGAUGGGACUGAAGCUUUCCCACGAACCGGAGGAGCAGCUGGUCAGCGAACCAGCUCCUCCGAUCGAGACGGCCGGUCCUAUGUCGGAUCUCCUGCGCUCCAUCCUCCUCCGCGUGGCUGACGUCGAACGGUCUCACCCCACAAUCAUGUCCAGGGACUACAACCAACUCCAAACUCGCAUCACCGAGCUUGAACGCGAGAAUCAAACCAUCCUCAAGAAUCAUGCUGAUCUGCUGUCCCUGAGAAACGAAGACCUCUCCAAUCUGAUUAAAGUACGGCAUUUGCUCGCUGAAGAAAAGCGAGGACAUGCCGCCAUGAGGAAAUUGAGAGACGAAGACCUGGAAAACGUAUUGAUGUUGAGAGGGAAGCUUGCCAGAGCGACAUGGUCGGGAAGAGUGCAAACGUCGCAACCACAAGACAGACGGUCCAUCUUGAGCGGUGGGGCCAUCACACCCAUUCCACAGAGACUCUCACGGUCCGACUCAGAUGAUCUGUGGCAACAAGCUCGGUCAGCCGCAAUGGAGCAACGUGUUCUGGAGCUUGAGAAGGUAAAUACCGAGUUGCGUGCUCGAUCCAUGACGGCGCCUAGCAAUAGUGCUAGUGGCGCAAUAGGAGGCGAUGUGCUGCUCAGUCGCGUUGAGACCAUGUUUGAAGACAGUCUCAGACAUCGCGAGAAAAUGGCGACCAAAGUUCAGCAGCUGAGGUCAGAGAAGGAGGUACUGCAGAAGGAGGUAGCGACGCUGGAGGAUCGCAACGCCGAGUUGGAGGCCCUUGUGGAAAGGCUGAAGAGGGGUGUCAACCUUGGGCAUUGA